CUAGGCUGAGCCAGGACAAAGUACCCUGCCAUGGGCGUGAGGUUGGCUCUGAUCUGUACUCUGCUCCUGGCUGCCUCCCAGGCAGGCAGUGAUGCUGUUCCCUGGGGACCCCUGGGUGCUCCUGACCAAGGUAGUGGCAGCUUCUGGGGACUGCAAGGGGACCCGGACCCUGGCAGUGGCUGGAGAUCCCAGGAGGUCCAGACUGGCGCAAGUGGCAGCGGCUGCAGCUGGGGCCCCCUGGGCAAGCCUGGAAGUGACAGGGACCUAAGCAGCGACAGUGGCUGGGAGAUCCCAGAAGGUCUUAACCAUGGCAGCGGCUGGGGACCCUUGGGCAGCCCUGUUGAUGCCAAGGGCUCAAAGGCCACACACCCACUCUUCUUCUCUCUGGAUUACCAUCAUGUGCAGGUGCCCUUUGAGAUCACACUGUGGAUCAUGUUGGCCUCACUGGCCAAGAUUGGGUUUCACCUUUACAGCAAACUGCCCUCAGUUGUUCCAGAAAGCUGCUUGCUGAUUUUUGUGGGGCUCGUCAUGGGCGGAAUCAUUUAUGGCUUAAAUGACAAAUCCCCACCUGUCAUGGACAGCGACAUAUUCUUUCUCUACUUACUACCCCCAAUUGUCCUUGAUGCAGGCUACUUUAUGCCCAGUCGGCCCUUUUUUGAGAACAUUGGUACUAUCCUUCUGUAUGCAGUUGUGGGUACUCUGUGGAAUGUGCUUGGGAUCGGCCUUUCCCUCUAUGGCAUCUGCCAGGUGGAGUACUUCAGCUUGCGUGAUAUCUCCUUGCUCCAUAACCUCUGGUUUGGGACCCUGAUUGCCGCUGUGGAUCCUGUGGCUGUGCUCUCGGUAUUCGCAGAGAUGCAUGUGAAUGAGAAGCUUCACAUUUUGGUUUUUGGAGAGUCUCUCCUCAAUGAUGCUGUGAUUGUUGUGCUCUAUAAAUUAUUUCAGUCUUUCAGUGAAAUGCCAUUUAUCACAACACUGGACAUUUUGGCUGGGAUGGGAAAGUUCUUUGUGGUUGGAAUUGGAGGAGUCUUCAUCGGUCUCCUGUUCGGAAUGGUCGCUGCCUUUACCACUCGCUUUACCAAGGCCACCCGUGUCAUCGAACCCCUCUUUGUCUUCUUGUAUAGCUACCUCUCCUACCUCAGCGCAGAAAUGUUUCAUCUCUCUGGGAUUGUGGCCAUCAUCGCCUGUGCUAUGAGCAUGAAGCGGUAUGUAGAGGCCAACAUUUCCCAGAAGUCUCACACCACCAUCAAGUACUUUAUGAAGAUGUGGAGCAGUGUGAGCGAUACGCUUAUCUUCAUCUUCCUGGGAGUUUCAACCAUUGGCGAGAACCAUGAGUGGAAUUGGCCAUACAUUUGUUUCACCAUCAUUUUCUGCCUUGUAUGGCGAGCAUUAGGUGUCCUCGUGUUGACCUUCUUUGUGAAUAAAUGUCAUGUGAACACAGUCACCAGAAAGGACCAGUUCAUUAUCGCCUAUGGGGGAUUGAGGGGGGCCAUCUGUUUCUCCCUCGUUUUUCUUCUCCCGGACUUUCCCCGGAAGAAGCUCUUCAUUGCAGCGACCACCGUGGUGAUCCUCUUCACAGUUUUUGUACAGGGAAUGACCAUCCGGCCUCUUGUCGACUUAUUAGAUGUGACCAGAGGAAGAGAAACUUCUCCAACUGUGAGUGAACAGAUUCAUAUCCGAUUCUUGGAUCACUUGCUGGCUGGCAUUGAAGACAUAUCUGGACACUGGGGACAGUAUUACUGGAAAGACAAAUUGGAAUAUUUCAAUAGCCAAUAUCUGCAGAAGAUUUUGCUGCGAGAUUAUGACCAGCCCAAGUCUAGCAUCGUGCUCCUGUAUGAAAAGCUAGAGAGGAAACACGCCAUUGAGCUGGUAGAAGCUGGCCAACUGGUCCAUGCCCCAGCCAGUGUGCCUGAGUGUCAUGAACCAGCCACAGUAGCCACGGCCCCAACCCCUCUGGAUCAAGACGUUGUGGAUAACAUACAGCAGAUAUUGGCUACCAACCUAUAUAAAAUCAGGAGAGGGGCUCCUGCAUAUAACAGGCAUACCCUUCCAGGGGAGACAGGGGCAGCGGAAGAAGCCACAGAAAUUCUCAUCCGAAGACACAGGAGCCUGCGCCACAGCCUUUCCAGAAGUGAUUGGGAGCGAGCUGUCACCGAGAAAGCUGCGGAAUUCUUAGCUCAUCGUGGUUACCAAAUGAAAUCAAAGCGGUGCCAGUCUCUAACUGUAGGGGAUCCUAGAGCAGUUCCUGAUGUGAAAUGCAGCCGAUCCAAGUCAACAUGCCACAUCACUCUUCCGAAGUUCAGUGGCAUGGAGUGGGUUGAUGAAGAAGAAACAGACCAAGACCAAAGAUUAUAAGGAUCAAGCUUUGGGAUCACCUUUAGUGCCAUGGAACUGUUGCUUACUUAUUUACCCAAUUAUGCAGCACAUAGUUUUUUUUGUUUUUUUUUUUUUUUGCAGAAACAAGGUCAGGACUGGUAAUUUCACCAAGUGUGUGGAAGCUCCCUUCACUGAUGCAGGUUGACAAUGUGUCUGUAACUUACAAUGUUAUAGAGUUGCUAUAUCUCAUUAAAAAUAAAAUGGGAUGUUGAAGCUCCCAAGAAGACAUUCACACAGAUGUAAUCUUCUACAUCUGUGGGAAAAUGACGUCAUGGGCUUCCCUCGCAGCUGCCAACCAUGAUGAGCAGCCUAUCUCUGCUUCUCAGCAUCACGUGGGCCUUUAUUGGAAUUCAGUGUUCCAUUUGGAACUUUAAAUUUCAAAAUAUAUAAUCAGACAGGGAGAGCUCCGAAAAGGCUUAAGGAAGAUGGCAUUAAGUUUGCCAAAUAAAAACUCAAGAGGAAAGGUCAGUGAGGUUCUCUGAAGGCCAGAGAAUAGAAGUGUCUUACAGACUUCCAACAAAGAAGAGGAUACUCUCAGCAGUCUACGAGAACUGGGAAAGCCACGUCAUUUAAAAUGUAGGAAAAGGCACAGCGUUGUUGUAGGAAAUAGUACUGGUGUUGGAGUCAGGAGAGACCUGGGUUUCAAUCAUGCCUUUGCUAUUUCCUGGCUUUGAGACCAUGUUUAGUUACCAAGCUCUCUUUCUUUAAUGAGGAUGACAGUAGCACCUCCCCUCCAUGGCUGUCCUGAUGUCCGAAUCGCAAAAACAGUGAGAACUUUGGCGCACCGCUGCUGGGGGAGGGCUGUGAUCUUCUGGGCCAGAUGCCUUCACAGUCAUCUUAGAAACAUGCUGCUGGACAUUGCAUUGGGCCUUCAAGCCUGUGGCCGGAAUGGUGCAGCAGAAUGAGGCCCAGGAACAGAGUUGGAGGAUCUGGGUUUAAGUCCCCUCUUUGACACUCACCAGCUGUGCGGCCUUGGGCAAAGUCCCUUACCUCUUUUGACUUUGUUUCCUCAUCCGUGAAAUGAGGGGACUGGAUGAGGUGACAUUUGAAGUCCCUUCCAUCUGUGCUUCUAAAUGACCUCUACCCCUUCGUUCCUACACGGGACACUUUGUCGUCUUCUACCUUCAGCCUCGCUGUGUGUACAGAUAUCCGUGUUCCCCAUUUUGGGGAAGCUUUAGCCAAAGCAUGUUUGAUUUGAACAUCCUCAUUGUACAGUGUCAUCAUCAUCCAAACUUGGCUUCCAUUUGACCCACUGCAUUAUUUAUUCUUCCUUUUAAUCAUCACCUUAAAGCUUUGGAAGCGAGGAGCCAAAUCUGUCCUAACUCUAGGGGAUGUAAUGUGAUAGAAUAGAGAAGAGUCCUGGCCUGGGAGCACGGAAAUCUGAGUUCAAACCCUGCAUUUUCCCCUUGUCAGCUAUUUGGCUUUACUUCUCUGAGCCUCAGUUUCUUCAUCUGUAAAAUGAGCAGGUUGGACUAAGGUCCCUUCUAACUUUAAUUCUGAGUCAACUGAAUUAUGGGACUGACUUCUAAGUUUGAGUCUUGGCAGGGUUCUCAGAGCUGGAAAAGUCUGGCAGCAAAUGGAUUUUCUUCUUUUCCAAAUCAUGAAUUUCCAGGGUAGGGAAGGAAGAAAAGAGGUCUGUGCUGCUCAUCCCCUCUCAGAGUAAGAGAUCCACAGAUCGAGAGGGCAACUCACUCAUUUUACAAAUGGGGAAACUGAGGCCCUAGGUGACUGUUCCAAGGUCACAUAGGUUAGAAAAUGGCAGAAUUGGGGUUUAAACUAGGUCUUGUUACUCCACUUUCAUGGUUCUUUCCACUAUGCCUUGAACUGGCCCGAAUUGUAAGAGUAUGAGUACUAUCUCCUCUAGCCUGUAUCCUUCACCUUGUUUUCCUCUGGCCUCUUCUUCUAUCCAGCCAGGGAGGGAUGGUACAGUUUCCUAGUUCUUUGUAUGCUUUUAUUUCUUUUAUAGUAAGUAGAGUGCUAGAUUUGGAAUCAAGACCUGAGUUCAAAUCCUACCUCAAACACUAGCUGUGUGACCCUGGGCCAGUCAUUUAUUUAACUUCUCUAUGCCACAGUCAACUUUCCAGGCCUAUGGGCAACAUAGGCCAUUAUGUUCUGCAUUGUUUGAGGGGAGUUCCCUAAACUGAUAAAAUGAUGAAUUCUUCUGGCA